CGUUUGUGGUGAGAACACGAUCCGAGACCGAACAGACCUAACUGCAAAAAUUAUUGCGCAUUUUGAACUAAACCAGCUGCCGUACUCAGCGGCGCUGUGCAUUAUGGGAUGAGGAAGUGCUUGUUGACAGUUUACAUUAGCAGUAUUAGCACAACAAUGGCAGGUCGCGGACAGACUUGGAGUUGCGAGGAGGUGCGAAACCUCAUAGAAAUUUGGUCUGAUGAACAUAUUAGAUCACAACUUUCAAAAACUCAUAAGAACAGCGCGGUUUUCUCUUUAUUUAGCAAACAGCUCAGGGAUAGGGGAUUUCAUAGGUCUGUGGAGCAGUGCCGGAUUAAGGCGAAAAAACUCCGCCAGCAGUACAUCCAAGUGCGAGAUGCACUUAAUAAAACAGGCAGCUCGGGUAACGAGAAAGACAAGUUCCCCUGGUACGAUGAUCUGGACAAAAUACUUGGGACAAAACCGGACGUUGAUCCAGUGGAUGUUGUUGAGUCCCAUGAAAAUUCAACUUCGUCCUCUUCCAAUGAUGCCAACACAGGUGACCGGGCUACCGCAUCUGACACAGAUAUUGACGUGGGAGAUUCAAGCAAUGUAUCAUCCCAUACUGAUAUCUCAAUCACUGCUGCUGCUGAUGAAGGAGUGUCUGAUGAUCCAAGCACAGAGAGCAAUGUCAAUGAAGAAAGCAUCAGAGGAGGGAGACUGCCCAUUCCUGGAGCCAAAGCUCGAAAAAGAAAGAAAAAGUCUUGUAAAACUGAUGAUGAAGUCCAGUCAUAUAUGAUGGACAACAAAAGGAUGCUGACAGAUUUGCAAAGAGCUGAAGAAAGCCAAGUGGCUCAAGAGGCUGCCUGUUUUGAGAGAAUACUUAAGGCACAACAGGAAGCCGAGGAGAGAAGAUUCCAGGUAAUGCAGGCACAGCAACAGGCCACUAACCAAAUGUUUCUCCAACUAAUGGGCACUCUUACAAGUGCGUUAAAUCCUGGUCAGCCUCAUCUUCAUGCUUCAACAAUGCCUGGUCAGCCUCAGCCUCAACCUCAUCCUGCAGCAAUGCCUAGUCAGCCUCAAUCUCAUUCCUUACAAUUACCAGCCUGGACCACGACAAUCCCACCAACAUCAAUCCCUAGUGCUUGGUCCUUGUCCCAGCAGUUUCAGCCAACCCAGCCUACUGCCCUGCUGCCAGUGAAUCAUCCACAUCAGCAUCGGCAAUCAGAAUCUCCAUCCACCCAAGAUGAGCAUCCUAGCACUUCUUCAAUUAUACAUAGUGCACACUACUACAACUUGUAGCUGUUGUUUUUUUUUAAUAUAGGAAAGGAUUUGCCUAUAAUGUUCAGUUAAUGUUUAUUUUUUUUCAUUUUAAUUGCUAGGUAAUGGUCAUGGUUUCCGUUCAGUGUUCUGAAUAAGCAAAAAGUACUACUUUCUGCGUUUACAUUUCUGAGAAAUAUGCUACCUCAUUUUGUUUCAACUUGUGGGAUACACAAGGAUAAUAUAGUAAAAAAAUAUAUUUUUUUGAAAUUACACAUAUUGCACGUAAUGUUUGGCAUAUUUCUUAAUGUUUUCAGCAAACAGUUAUGGCAAAGUUACAUUCAUCUGAAGUUAAACAGGCAGUUUUAGAGUUAAGAAUGUUAUUUUUUUAAAAAAAAAAUUUUUUGUGUAUGUUUACAAGUGUAAAAGCUAAUCCAGUGCCUAUUGUUAGCAGUCAGUUAAACCUCAAUGAGACCCUAAAGGGCACCACUUAUUCACUGAAAUAAUAACAUAGUACCUUUGCUUACUGUGUUUGUGUAUUGCC